AUCUUACGACCAGCUAAAGUUCACAGCAAGCUUUUAAGCAUGUUUUUCAACAUAACUUCAACCUUGAUCAUCUUCAUUGCCCUCAGUUCUCCUCACAAAUAAUUCCGAUUCCCCAACACCUAAAACUGAUUCAGCCCCCAGCCUCUUCUUUGACCAGCGAACCAUUCAUCAAGGCAACCUCCGAAGUUCCUCAGGCUUUUGAGAAUCAGGCUCCAGCUUCUUCACCAAAACAUUAAGAGGAAAGAAGAAGGACAACAUGAGACGAAGGCAUCUCCUCUCUGCGCCUCUUCUUGGCAUCACUCUCCUCCUCCCCUCCUCUUCCUCCAUACUCGCCAGCGCAGAGCCACAGCCCUUCCACGCCGCCCAGACACCAACACCCGCCCGGCGCUACCACGCCGCCGCGCCCGUGGAGGCCCUCUUCGCGAGGGCGACAGACGGCUGCAUCGCAGGGACCUACUCGUGCGCCUCGGAGGGAUCUGCCUUCAGCGGGAUCUGCUGCGCCUCGGGCCAGGCCUGCACGCUCGACGCCUCGAGCGCGCCCGCGUGUUGUCCGUCGGGCGACGUCUGCACGGGCACCGCGCCGUCCUCCUUCGCGCCGCCCACCACGGCCUCGGCAAGCUACGUGCAGAACGGCUACUUCUCGUUCCCGUACGUCGCGACCAGCUUCAGCAACGCCGCCGCGUGCUCGAGCGCCGUCUCAGCCUGCAGCAGGAACUAUGCCGCGUGCACGGCCGACCUGGAAGGGAGCGGCGGUGGCGGCGGCGGCGGCGUGACCAUCGUCGUGGGCGGCAGCACGACGGUCGGAGGGAGCGCCGCUGCGACGUACGCGACGGCGACCGCCACGAGCAUCUGCAGCAGCCUGAGCAGCGUGGCGUGUUUUGGGAUCCAGGACUCGUAUUGCACGGCGGGCGCGACGGCAGGUUUCAGCGUGGGCAGCGCAAAUGCCGCUGCGAGGCCCACGGGUUUGCCGUGUGUUGGUGUCGUGGCUGGGGUUGCUGCUGGGGUGGGAUUCGGUAUGGUGGGUUUAUGAUGAUGACGGCCGUCGCUAAGAAACGCGGGCCGAGCCUGAAUGAACAUGUGGGAUGGACAUGCAGAAGAACAAAAUGGGCCGAGUUUGGCAUGACCUCACGAAAUGUUACGACUUUGUUAAUACAAAAAAAACAACAAAAAACUACAUAUGGACUGGAUAUAAGCGGCAGAAUUUGCGAGGCCUCUGUUUCAUCUCAUUUGACGGGGACAAGAGGCACCGCCGGCAGCGACAUUUGAAUCAACAUUAAAAUUUGCUUUCUGUACAUAUUUUAGGAUGCAAGCCCGACUUUAGGUUCUAUUAUCCACACAUGCUGUGUUCACACAUGAGAUGCUCCCUUGUGACAUGAAAACUUCUUCCAACGCCGUCAUGAUACUGUCCAUCAGAAAACCACCUCUCCAUCUUUUCCCAUGAUUAUGUCAAUCAGUCCUUCGUCAAGGAGUUCUUGAAAGAUCACACAUUGUGUGUAUUACACUAUAGCGCCAUCCCUCGCAAUUAGUUAUUCUUCUAGGAUUCCUCCGAAACUUUGAUACUCCCCCCUCCUUCACUCUCGCCCUGCGAUGCAGCAGGCUCUUUCCCUCUGAGCUUACGACCAGC